AUGUCCGAUAAGAUUGAGGAAAUUCAUAAGAUAGAGGAACCUGCUCAGAGCCAGAGUGAGGAGAAUGACACUCCCCUGGCGAAAAGGACCCGCGUCCAGCGCGUGGAACGUCCUCUGCCCGAGCUCGCCUCCAAGAAUGGAGACACUUGGACGUACGAUGAAGAAUCCUAUCGCCGAGGAGGCAUUCUCAUCCCUGUUGAGGUCCCGAACGACGCCGCUCCCAGUGAGGACGUGGACGUCAAGAGUGCAAAGCUCAUUCUUCUCUUCGGCCCCCCAGCUGCGGGAAAGAGCACUGCCGCAGCAAACGUGGCCGCAGAGCUUGGAUUCAUUCACAUCUGUCCCGAUCAGACGAUCAAGCGACUCGAGAAGACAGGCCCAUACCUGGCUUGGCUGGCGGUUGUGCAGGCCAUUGAGACCCAGGGAGCUGUGCCGAGCGAGUUACUGUUUCGUCUCGUGAAAAUGGAAAUUCUGAGGCACAUGGAGUUUGGAGCGACUACCUUCAUCAUUGACGGAUGGCCACACUGCUCCGAGGACUUCACUCUGUUGCACGGAACCUUCACUGUGGUGUCAGCUUUUCAUCUGUACGCAACUCAAGACACACUUGAAAAGCGCGCCAUGCAAAACCCUAUGACCUUUGAUGAAGGUACCAAACGCCUCACGUCCUUCCGAGACGGAAUGGUAAGGUAUUAUCAAGAGCUGGGGGAUCUCCUCACUUUGGAAAGCUUCAAAGACGUUUUGAUCCCGAUGAGUGCCGAACAAGAUUACCAGGUCUUCUACCCGCAGAUCAAGUUAAUCAUCGAGAAGAGGCUUGCUCGGGUUGAGGCUGCUCGGGAACUCGCACAGACUGAGACCACGUUGGAUGAGCAUGAGCAUGAACCCGUUGGAGACGAAAACCCUGAAUAG